AAAAGUUUCGCUCGGCCGACCCCUCUCGCUCCAAGUCCCAUCCCCUCCUCGGAUCCUCUCCCCCGCCGCCGCCGCCGCCGCCGCCGCCGCCUCGGCUUCGCAGGCGCGGCCCGGGUAGCCCUCGCGCUCCUCUGCCCGAGCCCGACGCCCCGGUCCUCCUCCCCCUCCCCCGGCGUCCCCUCCGGCCGGCGCGCGUUUCCCCGUGCCCCAGCCGCAGCAGCCGGCGGCUCGUCCGCACCCCCUCCGGGCAGCCUCCACCGGUAUCUCCUCCUGCCCCAGCCGCGCCACCUUCGCCCUCGUUCUCCGGCGGACCUCCAUCGGCGCCCGCGCACAAGGAAUAGGUGCUUGGAUUAUACUAGACAGAAGGAAAUUGGAAAAAUGAGUAAGCCUGAGAACAUGUUCUCGCUUCUUAAUCUUGAUGGCGAAGAUGAUGGAGGGAAUGAUAGAGAUAGAGAAGUAACACAAACAUCUUCUACCAGUAUAGAAGAAACUGCUGCCUGCAAACCUGAUAAAGGUGUGCAAAAUGACACAACUGUUGUAAGCAAUAAUGGAGGAACUCUUGCAUCAUCAUCUGGUGGUUACAGGAUGCCUUUAGUGUGGAUAGACCUGGAAAUGACUGGUUUGGAUAUUUCGAAAGAUCGGAUAUUGGAGAUAGCUUGCAUUGUAACAGAUGGUAAACUUACAAAACAAAUAGAGGGUCCUAACUUGGUUAUAAGUCAGAGCAAAGCUUGCUUAGAUAAUAUGAAUGAAUGGUGUAAAACCCAUCAUGCAUCUAGUGGAUUGACAGAGAGGGUACUGCAGAGUGAGAUUUCUGAGGGUGACGCGGAGAAACAAGUGUUAGACUUCCUCAUGAAGCAUGUAGGUUCAGACACUCCAUCAAUAGCUGGGAAUUCAGUUUACGUAGAUUUACUAUUUCUGAAGAAGUAUAUGCCACGGCUUGCAGCCAUCUUCUCUCACGUGAUUGUUGAUGUGAGCAGUAUCAUGGCUUUGUGCACACGGUGGUACCCUAAAGAAAGGAAGCAAACUCCUAGGAAAGGAAAAAGCCACAGGGCGAUGGACGAUAUCAAAGAGAGCAUCGCCGAACUGAAAUACUACAAGGGCAACAUCUUCAAACCUCAGAAAUCUAAAAAGUAGCCGUUUUCAAAGGCGACAUGG